AAACCCAAGUAUACACACGACCUCGCCUCGCCUCGCCUCACCUCACGCGCAGCCGCCGUGCCGUGCCCCGUGCUGUGCGUGUGCGUGCCGACUAUCCGCUCGCUCCUCUUCCACCAGAAAUCCCCCAACUCGCGACCGACUCACUCUCGCCCCGCCCCCGGAUCCCGAUCUGCGCCGCCCGUUGGUUUGGCUGCGGGGGCGAUGGAGGAAGGGCGCGAGGGAUGGCCGUCCGCGGCGGCGGAGGUGGUGGAGGAGGGGGAGGAGGACCAGUUCGACCGGCUGCCGGACGCGGUGCUCCUGGACGUCUUCAACCGCAUCGGGGACGUCAAGGCGCUGGGGCGCUGCGCGCUCGUCUCGCGCCGCUUCCACGCGCUCGUCCCGCUCGUCGACUCCGUCUUCGUGCGCGUCGACUGCGUCAUUCCCGACGAGCCGGCCCCCUCCUCGGCCGGCUCCCCGCAGGCCGCCGCCCCGUCGCGCGGGCGGGGCGCGCUCGCGCACAUCGCGCGCCUCGUGCUCGGCGGCAUCGUCAGGCCCAUCCAGGCGCUCGGCCAGAUCCUCUCCCCCACCCUGGCCAUCGUCUCACGGCGCUCCGUUGCCCCGCCGCCCGCCUCGCCGCCUCCGCCCGCCGGGGACAUCUCCCACCACUCGCCCUCCGAGGUCCUCCGCUCCUUCAAGGAGCUCCGCAGCCUCCGCAUCGAGCUGCCCACCGGCGAGCUCGGCAUUGACGACGGCGUGCUCCUCAAGUGGAAGGCCGACUUUGGGUCCACCCUCGGCAGCUGCGUUAUACUCGGCGCGUCCUCCGUGUCGUCGAAGCCGCUGCCGCCGCCAAUGUCGUCCCCUGAUGCCGCGGACAGCGAGGCUACAUCUCCUGAUGACAGCAGGGAGCCUGAAGAAUUGGCGAGCAUCCCCGAGUCGCUCCAUACGAAUGGGGGCCUUAGGCUCCGCGUAGUCUGGACCAUCAGCUCGCUGAUUGCUGCAUCGGCUCGGCAUUACUUGCUGCAGCCAAUCAUCGCUGAUCAUGAAAUGCUUGAUAGUUUGAACCUCACGGAUGCUGACGGGCAGGGUGUGCUCACUAUGGACAAGAGGCAGCUACAGGAGCUGCGAGUGCGGCCUGUGUCGGUUUCUGGCAACUCACACCGCACGCUCAUGCCAGCGCUCAUUAUGAGACUUUGGUAUGCUCCGCAUAUUGAACUUCCUGGGGGAGUACUGCUCAAGGGCGCCACGCUGGUGGCGAUCAGACCAAGUGACGAUGUGCUGAGGGAGGGGGGAGGGGUUGAGGCUGCUGGUCCAGCAGGAGCUAGCUGGAUCUCAGAUGCCUUUGAGGAGCCAUAUCGAACAGCGGCAAAGGUUCUUUUCAAGCGGCGGACAUACAGCCUUGAAAUGAACUCGUUCUGAGCUUCACAGAGUUUAACCUUCUAGGAGGAUGAUGGGAUGUCCUUGAGGCGUAUGUAGUAGUGGUGGACCCGGUGCAUAUGCAGAUUAUAUACACCCUGUUUGUGCUGGGCUUUUCAGCAAUGUGGAAUCGAAUGUCUCUUCUACAGCAAAAGUACCCUGAAGUGAAGCCUCGAGAUGCUAGGUUUGUUGGUCAUUGCUGGCUAUCCGCCUGUUGGACAUAUUCGGUCGAGUAGCAUCCCUUUUUCACUGUUACUCUGCUAGUUCUAUACCAAACUAUAGGCUGAAACAUUCUGUCAUUUCCAGACACAUUUUAGGUGUGCUGUGGCAUAUGUGACUCAAACGGUUGAACCUUUGUGUGUAUCAGACUAGUAAUGUUUUUAGAUUGAAUGUUUUACAAAACAGGUGCAUAAUUAUCUAUGUCUAUACCAUAA